UACCUCGGGGGCGCGCGGCUCGACGGGGCGCGCCCGACGCCCGCACCGGCACCGGCACCCGGACACGGACACGGACACGGACACGGACACGGAGCCGCCCCGACGGACUGCGCGUCCCCGGGAGCGGCGGGGAGGAGAUGUCCCGCUGCUGUCCCCCGCCCCCCCGGGGCCGGGCGGAGGUGCGGGGAGCGGGGGCAGUCCCGGCUUUUUCCGCGCCUCCCCGAGCUGGGACUUUUAGCGCAGCGAGAGGCCCCGCGGCUCGCCCCAGCCCCGCUCCGUGCCGGCCCCCGGUCCCCGCUCCGCUCUCCGCUGCUCCCAGCCGUCGGUCCCGCCGCUCUGCCCCGGGAUGCCGCCCAACCUCACCGGGUAUUACCGCUUCGUCUCCCAGGAGAACAUGGACAAUUACCUCCGGGCUCUAGAUAUCAACGUGGUCCUGCGAAAAGUGGUUUGCCUCCUGAAGCCCGAUAAGGAGAUCAUCCACACGGGAGAUCACAUGGUCAUCCGCACCAUCACCUCCCUUCGGGACUACGUUAUGGAUUUCGACCUGGGAGUCCAGUUUGAGGAAGACCUGGGGCCCGUGGAUGGACGCAAGUGCCAGACAACCGUGUCCUGGGAGGGUGAUCAGCUGGUGUGCGAGCAGCUGGGAGAGAAGAGGAACCGCGGCUGGAGGCACUGGCUGGAGGGGGACCGGCUGCACCUGCGCAUGACGGCCGAGGACGAAGUCUGCGUCCAGGUCUUCCAGAAAGUGAAGUGAAGAAGAUGCCCGGCCGGGACCUUGGCUCUCGAGUGCGAACCGCCGCGGAUUAAAGCAGCAAAACACGGCCGGAGCCAGCCGAG